AUGCUGUCUCAAGAGGCGAUUGCGACCUUCCAGCAAGACCCGCAUCCGCGACUAUCUCUUCAAGCGCCUCUCCGCAUAGCCUUAGGCUCUACGACUGCUGGGUUCGUCGGUCUCGGCCUGGGGGCGACACAGGGUGGCAAGACAGCGCACCUCCGGUUUCGUGCCGAACAUGCGCACAAGAUGCCCGAUUCGACAACAGGCUGGUAUCUUUACCACAAGUCCAAGAACUAUCACGCGGCCAUUGGAGGCGGCUUGGAGGGAAUCAAAAUGGGCACCAAAUUGGCCUUCUGGAGCGGCAUGGCUUUAUCGCUGGAAACCACAGUGGACCGGUGUCGUGGAGCGAGCGACAUGUUUUCAACAAUCAUUGCAUCAUUAUCUGUCGCUGGCGCUUUCUCUCUCUGGCACCGGUUCCCCGUUACAACCGCUGCGCGGAACGCCAAAUCCGGACUUCUAUUUGGUUUCGCCUAUGGCGGUGCGCAAGAUUUUCUCAAUCUCAUUCAAGGCAGACCAGUCGGGUACAUUGAUUUCAUCCGAGGUCGAGGUCGAGGUCGAGGUCGGAGUCGAAAAGAGUACGCUGCCGAGCAGCGCGAAGCCACCGCAACGCCUUGA